UGCCACACGAUUCGAUUCUCUUUCACUUAUCUUCCUCCACCCAAUCCCAAAUUGCGACACAAAUCUCUUUGUUUGGAAUCCAGCUUCCAUCAAGCUCACUCCACUCUUCUCAAUUUUCAUGAAACUCCAUCAUCGACCUUGACCCAGAUAGGUUUCAAACGAAACCCGUUGCUGUAAAUCUGCUGCUGGAGUCUUUGUGUCUGAAUCUUCUUGUUGCGUCACUGUUUCUUCUUGCUAUGAGAUUUCUAUAAGAAUCCAGAGCUGACCAUAAUGUUUCCCCUGUGCUCGGCCGCAAGCUGCCAUUACCAUUCUCAGAUUUUAUUUCCUGGCAAAUGGCGAGGCUCUUCUUCUUCCUUGAGGAGAGAUUCCAUUCACAGAUGCAUUUCUGGUGAUAAUGCCUUCUUUGGUAACUCUAAUGGAACCCACCUGCCCAAGGUCUGGGGGACCCGAGCCAUGGGGAGUUUUGCCACUGAACAACCAGUGUCCACCGAGUUAUUAAGUAGUCUGCACCAGAAUGAGUUGAACAGGAUAAACUACACGGUCUAUGACAUGAGAGAAGCUGUAAAAAAUGGGGGGCUGACAUAUGUAGAAAGUGCAGUAGAUGUUUCACCUGAUGAAGCUGUCGUAUCAGAUGUUUCCCCUGUUGAUAAUAUUGCUGCUGAGACUUCAACCGAAAACAGCAGUAACCUUAUAGUCUCGGUUGAGCCGGGAACAAUAUCAACUCCUGAUAUAUCUCCUGAUACUUCUGUCUCUCUACCCGAUGCUCUAGAUGGAUCACUUCCCGAUGCGAAAGCUAGCUUUGAAGACUUUUCUUCUGGGGUGAAGGAGUCUUUCAGCUCUUCGCUAAACCAAGGAGAAAAUGCUGUAAAGAACACUUUGGAUUCAUUCUCCUCUUCCGUGACAUCCAUUACAAAGACUGCUUCUGAAGCUGUAGAUAGUGCAUUUAACACUGCGUUUUCUACUCUAGACCAAACAGGAGAUGUAGCUGGAGAUAAAUUCUCGAGCUUUUCCGCUGGCUUGAAGGAUGCUUCAAACAGAGCAGGAUAUUUAGCCAUUGAUCUGUUGAGGCAAUCAGUUAGUAUUGCAGAGAGUUCUGUUGCAAAAGGAGUUUCUUUUGCUGUGUAUUCUUAUGGAUCGGCAAAGCAGUUACUUCCUGAAGAUGUUAAGAAUGUGCUUACCUCAUCGGAAGCUGUUGCUCUUAAAGUAUUGAGGCCCCUGGGAGCUGUCUUGGAGCAGGUAUAUGUUGCCAUUGGAGGUCUGGAGAGAAAUUUCGGCUUGGAUCCAGAUGAUCCAAUCAUUCACCUUUUUCUCUUCGUAGGCACCACAGGAACCUUUUGGGUUCUAUAUCGGGUUUGGACAUAUGGUGGGUAUGCUGGAGAUUUGUCUCCAAAGUCAACUCUUGAGCUUUUAACAUCAAAAGAAAAGCCAGUGCUCGUAGAUGUCAGGCCUGAAGCCUUGAGAGAGAAAGAUGGAAUCCCUGAUCUGCGGAGAGCAGCUCGUUUUCGAUAUUCUAGUGUGACCCUGCCUGAGGUUGACGGUGCUGUUAAACGGUUACUGAAAGGUGGAAAUGAAGUUGACGAUAUCUUGACAGCAGUUAUCAUCAAGAACUUAAAAUCAGUUCAGGACAGGUCCAAGGUUAUUGUUAUGGAUGCUGAUGGAACUCGCUCUAAGGGCAUUGCAAGAGCCUUAAGAAAACUUGGGAUCAAGAGACCAUACUUGUUGCAAGGUGGGUAUAGAUCAUGGGUUAAGGAAGGUCUACGUGUGAAAGAGCCAAAACCUGAGACAACAAUUACCAUCCUCAAUGAGGAGGCUGAGGCGAUUCUUGAGGACAUAAAUCCUUCUCCAUUGCAAGUUGUUGGAGUUGGUGUGGGGGUUUUCGCAGCACUGUAUGCAUUGUUCGAGUGGGAGAAAACACUGCAACUCAUAGCUGUCAUUGGCCUUGGUUUGACUAUUUACCAACGACUUUCUUCAUAUGAUGACUCCGAAGACUUCAAGCAAGACGUGAGGCUGUUGUUUGCACCGGUGAAACUUGGAGCUCAAGCUUUCUCAUGGGCUGCAGGAAAGCUUGAGACAAAUGGUGUUGGCCUCCCAACUUCACCUUCUUCCUCAGAUGUUCGAAGCCGGGUUUUGCAGGCUGCUGCUAAACAUGAAUCUCAGCCGUCGGAUGAAACUUCUGAAGGUCUCCAAGACGCAUCAUCAUCACCAGAAGAAGCUUUGGACAACGUUGAUAUCUCAGAAGCAUAAAGGCUCCAACAUUUUAAUUUUAUUGUUGCUUGUAACUGGCAAGAAUUACUUUACCCUCGACUCUUUGGAAUUGUUAACGUUCAUAAUUGUGGUGCAAAUAAAAAAUGUAUUUCAAUUCAACCAAUACCCUUAGAUUUGAUGAUGGGUGUUUUUGA